AUGGCACUAAUGCUUCCAUUAUUCAAUCCGGACAUUCCCUGUCUCGGAGCAAUCCUUGGCGGUUUGUCGCCGGGAAAGAAACUGAUCGUGCAGGGCACAGUGACGGACGAUCGAUUCAACAUCAAUCUGCAGUACGGACCGGAGGUGGAGCCGCGCGACGAUACAGCGCUGCACCUUAGCAUCCGGCCGCGUGACAGGCGGGUCGUGCGAAACACGUACGCCAACCAGUGCUGGCAGGACGAGGAACGUUCCGGCGGUUGUCCGAUCGGUGUGGGCGAACCCUUCACGCUGGAAAUCCGGGUGAAGGAGACGCAUUAUUCGAUUUGGUUUAAUGAGGAAAAGUACUGCACCUUCAGCCACCGGAUGCCGUACGAAAUGGUGAACUUUAUACAUCUCGGUACCGGUGCUAGUGUCGAUUCGGUGUUGGAGACGUUUUGA